AUGGGCGAAGAAGACGGGAUGGAUUGGUCUGGUAGUUUUGUCGAUGAUAUUGAUAAUUUGGGUGCUUAUAUACUCUCAGAGUCUCGACGUCCCUUGCACGCUACACAGGAAGAAUGUGAGAUGGCCAAGAGUAAACUUGUCUCAGAUUUGAGAAUCGGAAGCGCUCUUGAUAUUGGUGAAAAUAUUUCACCUUUGUCUGCAUUUGGUUUUGGACGGGGCUACAAGAGCACAUCUAGACCUGGGUCACCCUUAAAAUAUGCAUGCGUAGGGUACCCAACCUACUUUUCGCCCAUCUCACUCCUCGUCGCAAGAGAACAGGGUGAUUGUGGGCCCUCUCCCCGCUAUUACCGACUUCGUGACUUCUACGCAAGUGGGCCUUCUACAAUCAAUGCUCAAGAUAAACUUCCCAGGUGGCCAUUGAAUCGGAGCUUCCAGCAGCAUAUCCAGGGAAGUCUUUGGAGCGUGUCAUCAUUCGGACUUUCGGCUGUUUAUCAGCACCAUGCGGGCUGCGUCAACGCGUUGAAUUUUAACCAUUCUGGUCACUUGAUUGCUUCUGCUUCCGAUGAUACAUGUGUGGUAAUAGCCGAUUCAUAUACCGGCGAACUGAAGACUCGGUUCCUCACUGGUCAUACUCUGAAUGUAUUUCAGGUAAAAUUCGUGCCGAAUUGCAAUGAUUUGAAGUUGGUUACAUCCGCUCGUGACGGUAUGGUGCGUCUGGCUGAACUUCACCCAGAUGGCCGGACAGUAAAGACGACGCGCACUCUUAUCAGUCACCAGGAUACUUGUCGCAACCUUGUUCUCAUUCCUGGCGAGCCCUUCCUUAUCCUUACAGCUGGAGAGGAUGGCGCUGUUUUCUCCGUUGAUCUUCGCUCUGACCAACCUGAACAAUUACUUCAUUUGCCUUUGUCACCUUUCUACUCCAUAUCAGCCAAUCCAGCCAGACCGGUGGAGUUUUGUGUUUCAGGGAAGUACGAGUCAGUUGUCAGAGUGUUUGAUCGACGAAAGGUAUCAGUAACAUCGCCCAAAGAUGGAUAUCUUCAUUCAUUUGCCCCCCGUCAUCUCCUCUCGAGAUGGCAGCGCCGACGUUGCUGCCGUUUUGAUUCCCCCGAGGCUGACGAUGAGGUGGAUUGUAUGACUGACGAAACUCGUACUGACAAUGUGUCCGACGACAGUGAGACUAGUGAUUGUGCUGAUAGAAUUGACAAUUUCGAAAAUGAUUUCGCCGAAGAAGGUUUUUUCUCUUCACGCCUGGGCCGUCAGCUGCUAGGACUCUUACGUGAUGACUUGCGAAGUCGCAAUCGGGCUCCCUCACCCCCAGAACCCCGUGGUGACACAACUGAGAGCCAUUUCGAUCAAAUGCGUUGGUCUCGGAGUCGACCGGUCCGACUAAAUGAUCAUGUUAAUCCUCUCGGGGACCAUUCGCAAACUAAAUAUAGCAUCACUUCUGCCGUGUAUAGUUCCAACGGCGAUGCUAUUCUCGCAUCCUUUAAUGACGAGGACAUCUAUCUUUUCCAUUCGCAAGAUGACAAGCUUCCGCCCCUUCAUGUCUACCGAGGCCACCGAAAUAAUGACUCUGUGAAAGGCGUCAACUUCUACGGCCCCAAUUCGGAGUUUAUCGUAAGUGGCAGUGAUGAUGGCUUCAUAUACAUCUGGGAUCGUCACUCAGAAGGCAUUGUUCAAUGGCUUUGUGGAGACAUCUCUGGUGCCGUAAACGUUCUGGAACCACAUCCGUUCUGCCCCAUGCUUGCUACCUCUGGCUGCGAUUAUAAUGUCAAGAUCUGGACUCCUAUAGGUCAGCGGGGCAGCAUCAGCCGUCCGGAAACCUGGCUAAAAAGCAUAAAAGCUGAAGAGUCUAGUCAGCGUCUUCUUUUUGAUCCCGGAGAGAUAAUAGAGUCUAUGCAAUCGCUUCGACGUUCUAACCUCGCGAAAUACCUUUUCGGUGAAACCGAGGACUUCCAGCCCUCAGAUGAUGACCUUUCUCCUAUUGUUGACGGUAUUGAUAGUGCCAACGACGACGAAGACAUGAAAAAUACUAUUCAACGUAAAAGGAAGUCUUCAGAAUUUGAAAAUGACAAUGACUCAGUAUCAAUCAAGUCUUCCAAGCGUUAUAAGAAAGUCCAAGAUUCGUUCAAUGAUGAUAAACGUAGCAAGCUCUCGAUCGCAUCAGCUCCUCAAAAACACUUGCCUUUUAACCUAAAGGAUCUGCAACUGCGGGUUGCAGCCAAUUGGGCAAGAAGAAAUCGUGAUUCACUAACAGUUACUUUUGCGUUCGGCCUUCCUGAAUUUUUGCGUCCGGCGUUGCAAGUGACAUACGAUAUCGCUAGCCACCGUAUGACAGAUUUCCUCCGCCGCCGCCAUUCAACCGGCAUGAGCGAUGAUAGCAGCGACGAUGAAGGGACCAACGGUCACGGUCAUCUUGGAGAAGUGGUAGAGCCUACGACAGAUCGCAUCAGUGGAGGUGACGGGGGAGAGAACACCAGCUUGUCAACCUUUUCCUCCUCAUCUACCUCAGAGUCAACUACACCCUCUCCCAUGGCUUCUGAUAUGGAUCCUGCAUUUGGAGCCUAG